AUACAAUUAUAUUUACACGUACCGGUUGUCCGUGCUGUUGGUCCUUUUGACAGUAGGAAGUGGAGAUAAAAUAUCCACAGUAAAGUAUUUUUUUACCUGACUUUUUGCGGCGACGGUAGAUUCUGUCGCUUGUAUUUUCAAUCUCCCGAGACAUUGUUGCACAUUAUGUAAACAUUUGUCUACCGAAGCACGUUCCCUCGCAGUCCGCUGGGUAUAAUUUGUGGAACGUUCCAACAGGAAUCUGUUACAAAAAGUUCGUAAAUAUCAAGGUUGCCAGCAAACAACGGAUACAAAAUUGUAUAGUGGCAGAAUAAAAUACCGGGUAGGGAGUGGGCUAUGUUUGUCCUCACUCUGGUAGCCUAUGGACAAACAUUAAGAAUAAGCUACGUGGUGAGUUGAUGCCUAUUCGCCAGCUAGUUAAAUAGGUGAAUUUAUCAUGUUAGUUUGUAUACAACAUUAUACUUAACGAAGUUUUUGGAACAGAUUCCUGUUGGAACGUUCCACAAAUUAUACCCACCCAUCAGCUAGAAGUGCUUGUGAAAUUUGCCAGUUUAUUGUGUGGGACAACGUUCGGUCUGUGAUUCAGUUCAACUCGGCCGUUACUUACAUAUUGUGCACGUGUUUGUCAUGUGAGAAUUGUGUCAGUAUUGAAAAUACAAACGAAUAUACAGACCAGUUCAGUGUAUUGAAAGUCAGGUUAACACUUCCCUGAUGAUAUGUUGUUUGUUACUUCCCGACACAAUCAGCGGACAACAGCCCUGGUCAAAACAAACACUCGACUUCAGGAGAAAAAUGAAUAUUCUACCUAAAAAGAGCUGGCAUGUUCGCAACAAGGACAACGUCGCGCGCGUGCGCCGGGACGAGGCACAAGCCGCAGAGGAGGAGCGAGAGGUCCAACGCCGUGUGGAGCGAGCAGAGCAGGAGGCACGAACAGAGCACCUGAGACAGAAGUCACGAGCUGCACUUCAACAGUCUGGAGGAUGGAAGGAUGAAGGAGGGGAGGGGAGUGGAGGAGUGGUGGAACACAUCAAUCUAUUUCCUCUGGAGGAGUCGUCUGAGAAGAAAGGAAACGCAGAGUACCUCAAAGACCAGAAAGAUGAAAAGGAGCGUGAGGAGCGUGCUAUUGGUCUGCUAGUGUCCCUAGGCCCCCAACCUGGGACAGAGGUAACUCCAUGGUACAUGAAAACAGGCCAGGAAGAAGAGAAAGGCGAAGAAAAGGAGAAAGAGAAAGACAACAAAGGAAAGAGACUGCCACUCAGUCAAGAGGAGAAGGAGAAGAGAGACAGACGACUGAAAGACAUGCUGGACCCCUUGAAAGAGAUGAAGAAAGCACUGGCGGUGAAGGAUAGAAAAGAACAUAAGAAGAAGAAGAAGGAGAAGAGGGAUAGAGGGGAGAGGAGAAGCAGUGGUGGAGAAAGCUCUAUUGAAAGGUUGCGAGCGGAGCGACUGCAGAGAGAGGCAGAGGAGAAGAGGAGAACCCAGGCUCUGCUGGACCAGAAGAAUGGAACAGGGAAAGAGAAGGAGCGACCAAGGGAGACAGAGGAGAGGGAAAUGCCGUACAACAGUGCUUAUUUCCCAGAGCUGGCCCGCAAGAGGCAGAGGAAAGACCGCAAUGCCUGGAGAGAUGGCAUCUUUUGAAGUCAUACAUCAUGCAGUCUCAUUGUUUGGGCAACGGACAGAGCACACUGAGGCAUUCAAUAUACAUUUAUUAGUAUGUGAAAGACGCCGAAGACUUCGACAAGGACUAGAGUGCCUGGAAGGUUAUUCAGUUGUAUUGUUGUGAAAUGUGAGGCAGUGCUUUUAGCUUAUUCUUGCAGUAACAUGGAGGAGUUAUGCAUGUAGGCAUAUACUGUAGGUGUUGAACUAGUGAACAUGUGUACAAAUAUAGCUCAAAAUGCUACAUUGUUUACUUAUAACAUCUAGGCUAUCCUGAGUAUCCUAAGCAGACUUAUUGAUGAUUGUUGUCAUUGUCAUUAUUUCUAAUGAGGUAGAAAAAGAAAGGAAACCAAUCAAGAGAUUUGGGACAGCUGAGUGUAGUGUUGGAGUCUGUCUGGCACCCUGCUCAAGUGUGAGACAAUACAGAGAUCAUUUUGCUCCACAACACAAGACCACUGUUCAAGUUGGAGUGUGUUGGAUGUUUUACUAUUGAUGGCAACAUUGUGUCAAUUCAAGUCUGUCAAGUCUAUUUUGUUUCUGAUAAUAGCAUGUGCCAAUUUAGGAGGUGUGUGUGUGUACAUGCAUCUGUUCUAUUUCACUAUCUGAUGUAGACAGAGUUUAGGGUGGUUGGCUCAACUAUUAUUGCACAUUUUCCAUUUCAAUUAAUUCAAUAAAACUGUUAGGCCUGCCAAAUAACAAAA